UGCGAGCGAAGGAAUCCAGAGAAAAUAGAGUUGGACAAGGACAAAAAUCAGCAAGACUUGCUCAUGAUUCCCGGACACCCUAUAAACACCUCUGCCCUGAUGAGAUGAGAAAGAGAUUGCAAAAUGCACAGGCAGAAAAGCGAAAAGCAAAAGCAAAGCUCGAAGAAAUGGAAAAAAAGAUGAAGGAAUUCAUAGAACAGRAUGGAGUAAAAGUUGAUGCUGAUCUGCAUAAAGAGCUGAAAAGAACUGUCACAGACAGUAGACCAACUGAAUUUGAGCCUGGAACAUUUWWAYAUUUGUUUUGGGAGCAACAAAAGAAAAUGGCUUCAGUGUUUGAUGCUAGAGCAAUGYRCUGGCAUCCUUUAAUGAUAAAGUGGUGCCUUUCAUUGAAGCAACUAUCCUCUUCWGCAUACUCAUUUUUAAGAUCCAGUGGUAUGAUGGAUUUACCAAGUGAGAGGACAUUGUAUGACUUCAGCCACUGGACUGAAGCAGAGACUGGAGUGAGUUGCAGCAUCCUUGAAAAACUUCUUGAUGAGUUAGGAAAAGAAGACUGGCAAUUGAAUGUUGGAAUUGUUGUUGACGAAAUGAAGAUCAAGAGCGAUCUUGUAUAUUCCAAGUCAAGUGGUGAACUUGUUGGUUUUGUAAAUAUGGGGGACUUCAACAAUCAAAUGGAAACAUUUCAGCAACGUUGCAGCAGUGAUGGUGAACAAAAAGAACCACAACUAGCUACACAUGUACUUGUGUUGAUGGUGAGAGGUCUUCUCACCAAGCUUAAGUUCCCAUUUGCCCAUUACAGUACUGUSGGCUUCACCAGUGCUCAGCUAUUUCCUUGUAUCUGGGAGGGAGUCAUGGUGCUGGAGUCUUUGGGAUUAAAAGUGAGAAGCAUAACUGCAGAUGGAGCAUCUCCCAAUAGGAAAUUCUUCCGCCUUCAUAGAGCCCCUGACCUUCCAGAUGGGACACCUGUCUACAAAACAAAGAAUGUGUUUGCUGAGGAAUCAAGGGAUAUCUAUUUCAUCUGCGACCCACCGCAUUUAGUCAAGACUGUACKCAACUGCUGGGAGAAGUCCCACAAUGGACAGAGCAAACGAAAAAURAAGAAUGAGGGCAUGGAUAUUAGCUGGCAGCACCUUGUCACAUUGUAUGAAAGAGAUGUUGGCAUCAACCGAAAUGCCCCUGGACUCCGACUAGUACCAAAGCUAAAAUAUGACCAUGUGCAUCUUAACAGUUUUCUCCGAAUGAGAGUGAACCUUGCUGCUCAGGUGUUAUCAUUAUCUGUGGCAAAUGCACUGCAGUUUGUGGGGAAUAACCAUACUAGAGGCACAGAGAAAUUUAUCAGAAUGAUUGACAGCUUUUUUGACUGCAUGAAUGUCAAAAAUACUGUUGAGGGAGUUCGGUCUAGGAAAGCCUUCAAGUUACCUUACAAAGACCCAGAAGACACCAGAUUCAAGUGGUUGACAGACACAUUCCUGGUCUACUUGGAUAACUGGGAAGCGUCCAUUGCAAGAGAUUUCAGUGAUCUACCUAAAGAGCAAAGGAAUCGAAUGUGCCUCAGCYGUGAGACCUUGGAAGGCCUUCGUAUAACAG